ACUCGGAAAACACUUAUAAUUUUGACAAAUCUGUAUUUUUAACUCACAUGAAUGAAGUCAUUGCAAUAAACUGCUGGACUACAGAAAAUGGCUGGCCAAACUCAAGAGAACUGCCAAUGGCUGUCUGUAACGGAAGAAACGCUCUUCUUGCACGACGGUUUGAUGCGCGUUACGGAUUUAGUGGAACUUCCUCAUGAUGUAAACAAUGCGCAAGAUGCAGAAAAUGAAGUUAUCAAUUUUGACUUAAAGGACCCCAAAGAUCUAGCAAACAGGCUGCUCAUUGUUUGUGGAACACAUAAUAAUGCAUAUGCAAAAUUGCUUGAAUAUAGACUGAAUGCACUUAGAGGAUUGUGGAAUGCACAGAAGCAAAUGACAGUGGAUGAAGAAAGUGAAAAAGAAAGCUCUACUACUGAGGAGACCAUUGCUCUGUUAAGAAAACAAGGACUGUUAAAAGAUCCAGAUCAAGCAAGCUUUUCAACUAGGGUCAGCGUUUUGCUAGUUUUGCCAUUAUUGCAGUCUCAAAGCCGCAUUGACCCUCAUCUUUGUGGAGUGACAUCUGGGGUAUUGCUUAAUUUGUUACAAGAAUGUGCACCCUUAAGCUUGUCUAAAGAACCUGGAGAUUGUUUAAAAGGUCUUGAGAAUCUUCUGUGUAGCUGGCUUGGGGAACAAACUGAAUCAGAUGACAGUCAAGUUGUUCAAGACAAACUUCAGCGGAAAACAAUUGCUUCUGCUUUAGUUGCACUUGCAAGUGCAAGAGGACAUCUAAAGACAUUUAUUCAUACAGUCCAUUUACUGUUGACAUUGAAAGACAUUGUCAGUCUUCCCGUGGCUGAUAUUCUUUCAAAGUUGAUCCAAACAGAGGGUGGUCAGGGACAUGUACCAAGUUUGAUGGGAUCCAAGCACAUACUGUGUUGGGGAUUUGAAGAUCUUCUCAGCACAGAAAAGGAAUCUGGAGAGAAAGACAAAAAUGAAGGAGAAGUUGGUCGAAGCCUUUCUUGUGAUGGAAUGUUCCUGUAUACAACCAAUGCCAGUGGAAAAGGCCUUGCUAAGGUUGGAACUGGACUCCAUGGCUCUUUAAGAGGGUACAUUUACAACAGAAACACUGAUAUUGGUCCUGGAAAAAUUGCAGUAGGAAAUGAAUGUCUCCUGUACCGACCACAGGCAUAUGAUAAUGAAGCUGAAAAUGCAAACUUUUUUCAAAUACUAGACAAAUAUACAUUACAGCCAUUAAGCACCAUCCCAAAACCAGAGAGUUAUUUGGAGUCUGGGCCCAGCACAACUGUUGCAUUCUGCAGUGACGGAGCCCUUUUCUACUGGGUUUGGUGCCCGGCUUCAAGUGGAGAUAAAAUCUCAAAAGGGAUUCCAGUUUAUGUGGAUACUUUUGAAUACCAGAGUGAAAACCAGUCCCUCAGACCUGUGAAGCCAAGAUUGAUCUUAACAAAAAAAGAAACAGAUGCCAAGGCAAUCAAUGACACCCUGAUAUCAAGGCUGCGACCCAUGUAUCGAGGCUCCACCAGCGCUCUUGCAGCACUGGCCGGGGCAGAGAACGGCUCAGCCAAGAAAGAUGAGGGUAACCAGCAGUCCGGUAGCACAUCCUGCGGCCUCCUGCUAAAGGUGUUGAUGCGGACUCCCAUACUGAUCGAGGGCAGCCACGUGGUUCUGCUCACCUCACUCCCCGGGGCUAAUGCAAGCAGCGCAGCACGGUCACUGUUUGGCAGUGGAGGGGGACUGUCCUCGCUCAGAUCUCUGGCGACCAACCACUGUUUCAGCCUGUCUGAUGGCCAAUUUUCCCAGCGUCCAGAGCUGAUGGAUGCCCCAAGCUGUGCUAUUGCGCGUGGGGCACCCAUAACUUCACUCGGUGUGUGUUUUGACCAGCUGAACAACAUGAUCUGGGCUUGUAGCAGUGACUGGGUGGAUCAGUUCCACAACCCCGGCCACCAGGCCCCACACCACAUCAGGGCCAGGCUACAUAUCCCACAGACACAGUCAGACAAGAAGGAGCCUGGCAGCAGUGAGGAUGUGAGCCUGGGUGUGGUGAUCCAGCGUCUGCUGCAGCAUGUGGGCAGCAUGUGUCUCCACCAGCUGCACAGUGACCUCAUGUACACCCCAUUCGGCUCCUACAGCCUCCAGCAAUACCCUGUAGACUUCACCAACCUCACACGCAUCUGUCACAUUCUGUCCAGCUCACUCAACACCGGACACUCACAGACUGUCAUCUGUGCCCUUAUUGUCCUACAGCUGAUAUUCAAGAUGAGUGUGUUCAAACCUGAGAAAACAAAUCAACAGGAGCUUAUAGAGAAUACAAGGACUGCUGUAUGGAACCUGGUGACAAUCAACUCAGAGGAUUUCCCCCAUCUUGAGGUAGAACCCAUACAGAGGGAGGCCUGUCUCGUGCUGGCCAAUGGCGUUAUGGUGUUGUAUCCUACAAGAGAGGCCCGCAUACAGCUCAUGCGGCAACUCCUGGCUGAAGGAAGACAUCAUGGUCUGAGCUGUCUAAGGGACAAGCUACUUGAAGAUCUGACAGACCAACUGAAGGGCCAGAUUGCCCGCAUUGAACAGUAUAUCAAUAUAAGCUUUCCAGAUGAUGUGAUUAUGAUCCUGAUAAAGAUGACAUUGAAGGAGUCAAACAGUUUGCUACAACGAGGGGUCAACUCUGACAAACAGCAGUUUGACAAUAUGCUCACAGAAAUACCGGUUGCCAGUCCAUGUCAGAGGUACCUGAUGUCCCUGCAGUCUUUCCUGCUACGAGAGGCAGUAUUGUAUGCCUCACCAGACCAGGGGGAAACUAACAGUGACAAUAAGGAACAGUUGCAGAUGGUUCAAGAUAUCCUUAAGACUUUUGCGAAGAAUGUUUUCAAAGGAGCAUGUGAGGUGUUGCAGACUCUGUUGACAUGCUGCCAGGGUGUGAUCCAGCAUGGCGUUGAGGACCUGGAGGGGCGACUUCAGGGCCUAGAGCGGCUCGCCAAGGCAACGCUGCUGGGCCAUAUGGUACCCGGCCUUGUAACGUCCUUCACACAUACCAACCUGCAGUGUCUCGGCCUUGCUGACACGCUCAUGCCCACGCUGGUCGAGCUGGUGGUCCUCUCUAGCCAGGCUGCUCUGCUGUUGAAAAGCCAGGUACAGGCCAUACUACAGGAAGAUGUGGAGGUGGACCCAGACUCUGACAUCAUUGAUAUCAUAGGCCAGAAUGUGGAAAGAGUGGGCAUAAAGGAUGUAGGUGAGGAGGCAGGGUUUUUGGCUGGGCUCAAGAUUCCUGCACCCUGGGCCUCUGGGAAGACUUUGGAGAGUAUUCACCCCGUACGGGACAACUACAAGUUCAAGGAGACCAUACACAUCCCAGGGGCACGAUGCCUUUACCUGAGGUUUGACAACAGGUGUGCUUCACAGUAUGACUAUGAUAAGAUGAUACUUUAUGCUGGAGCCAACACCACAUCCAAGAAGCUUGCUGAGUACGGAGGGAACACAUUUGGCUUUGGAAGUCGUAGUGUCCUCGGGUCUGGAUGGCCAAAAGAUUUAGUUAGGGUUGAAGGGGACACGGUGACCAUGUCAUUUGAGAUGAGGAGUGGUCGAGAACACAACACACCAGACAAAGCCAUGUGGGGAUUCCUUGUCACCAUCAGAGCUCAGGAGACACCAGAGGAGAUAUCCACAGGUCUGCCAUUCCUGGCUGACCUAGCCCUGGGCUUAUCUGUGCUGGCCUGUACCAUGCUGCAGCUCAUGUACCAGGGGCCAGAGAAAACACGCGACGAGGACUCCUGUCAACACCUCCUCAAGUCUAAACUCCUACAGAGGUGUGUGUGGCAGUCUGGCUCAUUCAGCACAACCCCGGGCUCACCCAAGCUCCAAUCUAAAGCCCCAACCCCAGCAGAUCCCAGCCAGUCGCCCAUGAGCCCCCGCAUACCCAGGAUCAAGCUGCCCAGUGAGAUCAUGAAGAACCUGAUUGGCAUGUCCCCCAGACACCCGCCACACCUGAGGCCAAGCAUGAGAGAAGCUAUCAAGCCAGAUGUAAUCCUGGAGCGUGUGGUGUCAGCGAUUGUUAAGCACCUAGGACUGGAGGAAACUGUGCGUUUCUUCACGCCAGCUAAGGAGAGCCAGACGGACGAGUUUAUGCUGCUGCAGUGUGUCAUGGAGGAGAUCUGCAGGAAGACUGACGCCCUUACUCGACAACUACAGGCCCUGGCUGAUCUGGAACAGCGCUGGCAUACAGAGGUGGUUGACAGACGUGAGGACCGCACCCUCGACACUCCCACCUUCUUCCACGACUACCACCUGCAGGAGAGUCAACUGAAGUCAUUGUCAAUGCUGUGCUUUGUGAAGGACAUCUCUGUUGAUCCUGCAAAACUGGAGGAUGCUGUGAAGGAACUAAGAACACGACUGCAUGAGGAGGUAAUGCAGCCUGAGGGUCCAGAGGGGGAUCCAUUUUCCCGGACGAGACAGCUGGUGGAGGGGAUUCUGGCCCGUCUAGACGUGCUACUGCACGUGAACAUCUCCCCUGCCGACACCGGGACACUCACACGCACCGUCUCACAGUGCAUACAGGCCAUCAAGACAGGUUCUAAUAUGAUGGUGAAGUCUGACACAGAUGUACACUAUACCGGGGUUACCAGGAGUGUCUCGGCCCCAUCGGGUGUCGACAGUUUCCAGGAUGAUACAAUACUUGACCUCAUGAAAAUUCACAGACGCAGACCGAAGCAGAAGGCGGGCCCUAUGAGCCUGUUACAAGACUUGGUAGAGGAGAAUGAUGGAAAGGGCCUUCCCCCACAUGUUAUCCUCAUUGGUCAGCUCUUCAGCUUUAUAGGGUCUGACCCAGAAAAGGCGGUCUCCUCAGCAGCCUUCCUGCACACAGCUAAGCUACGCUGGUGGCGUGGGAAUACACGGAAGCAGGCCCUCAUCCACAUGAAGGAACUGUUGUCUGCUGCCUCCAGGGUGGGUGGAGCAACUCACCUGGUGGCCGCCGUCACAUCUGUACUCCGACAUGGACCAAGGGUAGAGGAGCUGACAUGUGGUGGCAUGGUGAGCCAGGUGCGGGAGGCGUUUGCUGAGACAAUGACCUCUGUGGUACAGGUUGUCUCCCGCUAUCCAAUAGCCUGCUGUAACAGCAUAGGACUUCUCUGUAUCAUACCGUACACCAGGGCUGAGGAGAAGUGUUUAGUACGCUCUGGUCUGGUUCACUUGCUGGACAAGCUAUGCAGCCUGGCAUCCCACCGGUCGGAGUGUCGAGAGAGCCAGUCCACCAGACAACGUGUGUCCGCCAUGGCCUGGGCGGGUUUCCAGGUCCUCGCUAAUAGAUGUGUCAUGUGGGAGACAGAGGAAGGAUCCCUUUAUGAAGACCUGGAGCACUCUGGUCUGGCUCGGCAGGUGUCUGUACUCCUAACAAACCAUUUGGCACGUGCGACAGAGUCUAGUGGUAAUGAGGCGGCAGGCAGUGAGGCCUUACAGGAGGUCCUGUCCCUUCUGAAUAACCUCUCCCGCUCUCACAUGGGCAAGGCCAUCCUCAGUCAGCCUGCCUGUGUCUCCAAACUGCUCUCACUGCUCCUAGAUCAGAGGCCCUCGCCAAAGCUCGUGUUGAUCAUUCUGCAGCUGUGUCGGGUGGCGUUGCCGCUGAUGGACGCCAUGGAGUGUGAGCAGGUGGAGCUUCCCGCCUGGGGUCAAGCCCUUGCAGCCAGCCACUGGAACACAUCCAGGCCUAUCUCUGACCCACCUGCCAAGAUUGUAUCACUCCUGCUGGCCAGACUUGGGGACUUUCUUGUGCCAGGUGAUCUGGCAACUGUUGCUAGUCGUACCCAGUCUAUGGACUCAGACUUGAACAAAGAUAAGGAUUCCAGUGAUGAUGUGGUCAUCCAGAAUGGCCGUCUGUCAGUGUUCAUACACAAGAGAGAGGAUCAGUUCUCACAUGAAGUCAUCCAACCUCUUCUCAGUUCAGACAACAGACCUUUCCGUCUGGGAGGUCCCGGUCCAAACAUGGAGAAGGUGGUCAGACUGGACAGGGAGAUGACUAAGAACCACAAGGCAGAAGUUGUGACAGAGGAUGCCUUGACAGCCCUGAGGAAGGCAGCCCGCUGGGCCCAGAUGGGACUGGUUGUGUCCACAGGGCCCCCAGUUGAUUCCCCGCCCACAGAUCUCUCCACUGGAGACAAGAAAAAGACAGAGAAAGAGAUCAUCUGUAGAGACAAAAACUCUGAAUUAGCUAGGACUGACCCUCUGCGUCCCUUUAUCAGUGGCCAUGUGGCCAACAGUAUGGCAGCGGAGGUUAUAGAGCUGUUACACAGCCUGUUGAACACCCCAGACUACCACACGGACACCGGGAAGUCCUGGUCAGAUGCUGUUCACAGGGUGCUAACCAAUGCGCUCACAGGCCUACCAGUGUUGUUGAACUCUCUGGAGGGUCUGAGUUCCCCACGCUGCCACUCCCACCAGCUCAUGUCCAUGGCGAGGCAGGUGAAUGCCGCCCUCUGUGCACUCGGAGGAUUCCAGGAGUCAAUCAAACCAGGAUGCAAGGUUGAGGUUGUGGCCAAUGUUGAGAAUUCUACAGGUACUGUAGUGACGAUGUCCCAGCAAACAGGGCUGGUCACAUUGAAGCUGGACCCCGACCCCCCAGGCACAUACUCCCCACGCUAUAGUGACAACAUACAGGUCCCCUUCUCCCGUGUACAGCCAGUCAGAAACAGGAUGUUUGCCAGCCGUUGCCUGUCCCUGACUGAUGCAGUGGUGACAGCCAUGCAGGCUAUUCUGCUGCCCCAUGAUGAUAAUGUGUCUGCCCUGCAGCAGGCUAUGCCAUUUUCUGAUGAUGGAAAUAGCAUAUCAAACCAGAUCUGCCGAGUGGUAGGUGAGCUAGAGACGCGGGCGUGUGGGGUGCUGGCGCUCUAUCUCCAGGAUAUAGACUUCACCAAGCAGUUCAUACAGCACUGUGGUUCCACCAUUGACAUGCUCAAGUCCCUUGCCAAGGACUGCAGCACAGGGUUACGUCAGCCUGUGGUUGAGGCCCAUUGUGAGAGACUGAGGACUCUGUAUAGAGACUGUGCCAAACCACCCCCACCACCCAGCAAGGUCGACAGCAGGAACAAGGAGAUGACUUGGGACCCUAACCGAAAUUUCCCUCCUGUGCGGGCUUGCCUGUUCUCCCACAGUCUGUCUGGGGUUACCUUCCUGGGGGACCCGAGUGCAGGUGGAGGCCUCCCACGGGGGACCAUUGUGUACGCCAACAUACCCAUACCACAACAGGCUCCUUCAUUUUACUGGGAGUUAGAGAUCUGUUCCUUUGGUGACAGCCAAGAAGAGAGCUCUGCAUUUGUGUCAUUUGGGUUUGCGCCUGUGGCUGAGAAAAAGGACGGGGCAUGGACAAACCCUGUGGGGACUUGCCUCUUCCUGAACAAUGGUAAGGCAGUUCACUACAAUGGAGCAAGCCUUCUACAGUGGCGCAGUGUGAGGCUGGACUGUACGGUUGGGGCGGGCGAUGUUGCUGGUAUUGGCUGGGAAAGGAACGGUAAUGCACCCAUGCCCGGGGAAACACCCAAGGGGAAGGUCUACUUCACUUAUAAUGGCCGCAAGCUCCAGCCUUGGAUCGAUGAUGUGGCUGGAGCCAUGUACCCAGUUGUUCACAUCCAGAAAAAGGCCACAAGGGUGAAGGCUAACUUUGGUACAAGAUCAUUUGCUUUUGCCGAGGGACAGCAGCACAGGGAGGCUGCAGACGAGGCUGAUGACCUGACACGAGAAAUCCGAGAAAGUUUCAACCACCUGCCAUUCAACACAACGUCGGAUAGUGAUAGUGAGGGGGCAGUUUCUGCCCCUUCCACACCCAGUAACCUCAGUGAAAUCACUGACAUCUCCACACCUGCUGGGCCUGCAUGUAAAACAGUUCCCAUACCUAAACCCCUCAAAGAAUAUAGCCCAGAGGCAAGCAAGGUGUACAAGUUGUUCCAAAGCUAUGACAGCAUGUUGAGCACAGGGCCGGACCCACGAGCUGGCCUGCCUGCCCAGGACACUCUGAGUGAUGAGGAAUCCACAGAGGAGGACCACAGUCAGGAGGAUCACUACGCCCUUCUUGUCAAGGCCUGGGAACAGAAGGUGUUCCCUGUUAUAAGAAGAAGGUUUAGGAACGAGGCUGAGAGGAAAGAUGGCCUGGAGCAGAUCAAAGGGGCUCUACAGCUGGGAAUGACAGAUAUAGCAAGACAGACAGUGGAGUUCCUGUAUGAGGAGAAUGGUGGAAUGCCACGGGACCUCCACCUGCCAACAAUUGAGGACAUCAAGGAGGAUUUGGCCAAGUUUACCAUCGAUCGUGUCCGCAAGGGAACCACCGUCGUGAUCAAGGACCCAACGGGAGGCAGCGCCACUGCCACUCAAGUCCUCCCAAAGUUUGCUGUCAGGUCCAUGCUUAAAACAUUUGGGCUCACUGGCACUGUGCUAGAUGUUGAAUCGGGCAAUGAGCUGGUUCAGGUGGAGACAUACCUGCGGAGUGAGGGUGUGCUGGUCCGCUACUGGUAUCCCCUCAACUCCCUGGAGAGACCACCCCAGGGGCAUCGAAAGUCAACCAUCACUGGUGGACAAAUACUCGAUACUUGCAAUGUCAACAUUCACAGAGAAUUGAUGAGGACAGAGCGAACUCUAGCCAGGAUGUACUGUCGUACAGCCCUGUUGAAGCUGAUAGACCACUGUAACUCCUCCGCUAUGGGAGCCUUCUCGUGUUCUUCAAGCCUCGCAUCAGGGAUGGCUGCAAGUGCUGCACUACUACAGGAGUUGGACAUAGAGAACAUCCAGCUGUUAUCCAAUGAGCUGCUGAGGGCUCCCCAGCCGCAUGGGACAAUCACUGGCAAGUCCCUGGUGCUCACGGACUCCGCCCAACACUGCCUCGCCUCUCACAGCUGCUCACUCCCCAGCCUCAUGUACAGCAAUGUAGACAGAUUGAAGCAUGAGCUGGCAACAGCGAUUGCAAGGGCGGCCGGUCAGGGAGAGGAUUACCUGAUAGAGCUUACCAACCAGAUAUGUACAUGCCUACAGACGGCCCCUGAGAUGUUUCCUUAUGAAGAGUUCCCAGUGAGUGAGAGUAAAACCCAGACAGACAUGUACUUCCCAGGGGCUGCCUGCCUGGUUGUGUCCUGUAAAACAGACCCUAAGUCCACAAAGAAAGAGACGUCCCUGUACAAAUCUCCCUGGGCCCGCAUAUUUUGCUACACUGGCCAGCGAAUCAAGAAGACAGGUCAGGUAUCGAAACAGGAGGUAGUGAGCUACCCACGUGAUACUUCCUCCACCAGUAACCAGGCAGACCAGUACACCCCUGCCAUCAUCCCCAGUGACUGUAUCCACAUCAAGGUCGGGGUGUCCCCACCCCCUGGAAUCAUAAUCACCAUCCACGCCCUGCCCCCACAGUUUCUCCUCUCCAUGGCAUACAUUGAGACCCUGAUCACAGAGAAAUAUGGGUGUGGUAUCAAGAGCUGUGCCCUGCCCAAGCAGGAAGAGUCCAGCAGAUUGUGGGACAUGCCCAGCUCCAGUUCAUCCCAGUCACAACAACAACAGCAACAACAACAAAAGCAUAAACACAAACCAGUGGAGACCAAGAGUCCAAAUGAUAGCCUGUGGAACCUUGAUAACAUAGUGAUAACUCCACCAGUCUUCAGUCACAUGAUUGAGCAGAUCUGUCUGUACCUUUGGAGGACAGACACCCCUGCGCUUGUGAAGGAGUAUGUUUUUCAAGCCCUGGCCCAGCUGAUCAGGGUGUACCACAACAGUGAGGGGUGUAAUGGCACCCGUCUCCCGUCCCCCCAUCCACACCUGAAUGUCAACACAGGCCUUAUGGUUGUACUCCAGAAUGAACUUAAGAUCCUCUAUGAGACUGAAACAAAGGGUUGGGAAACUAAAACCACAUCCAGUGGCACAGGUAUGGGUAUUGGAGUGACAGACCAGGGAAGGUUUUCCACCUACUUCCAUGCACUGAUGGAGCUGAACCUUGCUGUAGGGGAGCUGAACAAACCCACGGGUCGUUCCCGAGGAGUGGACCAUGGGUUGUCUCUAGACCUUGUGCCCCGCCCCCCUGCCAGCCCCACACACUCAUCAAAGCGUAAGAAGCUGAAGGCAAAGCGUGACAGAAAAGACAGUGCCCAGAAGCGAGAUGAGCCUCGGCGCCCCAGUGAGAGUGAGGUGGACCUCACGGCUCCUGCAGGAUCAGCCAGUUCCAGUGCCACACCAUCAGCAAGUGACUCCAGUGCUACCACUGCAUCAGCCUCGGCAUCGGCAACUGUCUUGGCAUCUGGGGCUUCCUUGGAACCAGGGCCAUACAAAGAUCCCGGGCCUCCCAAGGAAGGGAAGGAGAGAGAGGGUGGUAAAGACCCAAAGCCACCACAUGGUAAAGGUGGCAAGCCAGAAGAUGAACUGUGGAUGCAUAGGGCUCUCAUUGUCUCACAUAUUCUGAGAUGCCUGGCAUUCAAUGAGAAGAAUGGAAUAGUUGCUCUAGUGAAUGCUGUGUCUGAUGCCAACCAGGUGCUAAAUGCAAUAACAGCCCACCAGAGACUGAUUAUCAUCACAGGUAUACCAGUAAAACUAGACCCUGAGUUUGUCAAACAGGCUUUGAGAUCUAUCUUUAAGUCUAAUGGAGGUAUUGAUAGAGAUGAGAUUUACUUGCCAUAUGAUACUGUUGAAAGUGUAAAGCCUGCAGGUUUAAAGGAUGAAGCUUCAAGUGAAUCUACAGCCAAAGUGCCAGAGGCUGAGGCUGAGGUGAAGCCUUCAGAGGAAGAGACAAGUGCUGGAGCAACAGCGGAAGGUGGUGAACCAGAUAAGGCAACAAAACAGGCUGCAGCCACUACAGAAUCAAAAGAGGAAGAACCAGAAUCCCCAGACAAGGACACCGAUGUAGUCAGAGAAACAAAACUUAGGGGAUAUGCUGUUGUGUCAGUCAUGUCUAAGACCAAAAUUGAGAACAUUAAGAAAAGCUUAAUUAAAAGUCAGUCGUUGUUUGAAGGCACGUCAGUAGACCAGGAUGAUGUGUUGGAGAUGCCCAGCAUUGCCAUGGUUGGGCCAAACCUUCUCUGUCAGGAAGACAAUGCAAACACUCCUUUGGAGAAUUAUCUUAAGUUCAAGUUCUUUCAAGACAAAGAUGAGACAGAGAUAGGAGAUGCCGCUACUCUUGCUCUUACAGAAGUGUUCACAAGUUGUUUCAUCGUUGAACAGCGUCACGGAUCCCCAGAGUUUCGGCAGGAGUCGGGUUAUAUCUGCCUGAGCAAGGAGCAAAUCCUGCAGCACACACCAGAGAAUCUGCUAUGUGCGUUCUUCAGCAACAUUCGCCCUCCCAAGAAAUCCACAACAGAACAGGUGAUGCAGGUCCUUAGGAGAUAUGGCAUGGUCCUCACUCCAGACAAAGAGGGGUCCCCAAGCAGUGACAGAGCGGGAAAGGGUAAAGGGAAGAAACCACAGAAGAGCUCUAAGGAGAAACUAGUAGCCUUUGUGGAGAAACCAUCAUCGAAGGACAAGAAGUAUAGAGAGAAAAGUGAAAAGGAUGAAGUCCCAGACACAGAAAAACCAACAAAGUCUGACAGUGUUGAGAAGUUAGAGGAGCGCCACUGCCUGACUCUGGAUGGGUUCCUGCAGUAUGUGGCCGACAUGGUAAAGCAGGACGUGCGGGCAGUCUGGAGGGCCAUCCUCUCGUGUGGCUUCGAUAUACACUUUGAGAGGUGUGCAUGUCUAGACAACAGUCAAGCGCAGCAGUUUUCUCGCCAGUGGACACCAGAGUUAGACGCAUCCUUGACCCAGUUUGUGAACUCGUUCUGUCGUCGACUGGCCGUCACCCCUGCCAGGCUCCACCCACAUGAGAUACUGGUCACCCAGGCUGACCUCGCCAGCGAGAACUUUGCAUGUUUGCAAGGUAUUCCAAUAGAGAGCAUUCGCCUGAGGUUUGCCUUCCUCCAGUCCCUUAACAACACUCUGGAGACCUUUUUCUUGCCCCUGAUUGACCUACGACCCCAGGAGACCUACAGUCGCAGCACUGCUGCCCUCCUGUCCAAGGUCAGAGGUCUCAUUUUCUAUGACACCAAGUGUGCUCUCAUAAACAGAAUACUGAAUGCCACAGCCAAGAGAAAACCAGACCAGGCUGCACCAGAAAUCAGCCUAGAUCCACUGGAAGACAUUACAGGAGAGCAGGAGGUGUGUGCCAACACAAGCUACUGUCAGGCAUACCGCCAGCUGGCCCAGGUACCUUCCAGCCAGCUGUGUGUGAGGCUGGCCCUUGGAGGAGACCCCACAUACGCCUUCAACGUCAAGUUCACUGGCGAGGAGGUCCAUGGAACAAGUGGCUCAUUCCGUCACUUCCUGUGGAAGAUGGCACGUGAGAUCCAAGAGCCCCUCCUAGGUCUGCUGGUUCCCAUUUCUGGGCCCAACAACAGGGGCCGCUGUAUUCUCCGACCAGGACUCCUCUCUCAAUCAGAACAGAAUCUUGUCACCUUCCUAGGACAGUUGUUGGGUAUCACCAUCCGUGCUGACAUCCCUAUUGGCCUGGACCUGAUGGCCUCAUUCUGGAAAGCGCUGGUGGGUGUUCCCAUGGAUUCUGUUGUGGACAUCAAGGAGGCUGACCACCUGACCUACAACUACCUGAAGAAGAUAGAGUUGGCCGAGAGCGAGGGAGAGUUGUUGGCCCUGUGUGCGGACGUCUACCCGAGGUUUGUGUAUCCAUCACUCUCCGGGGAGGAAGUACAGCUGGUGCCCAACGGCAGGCACAUACUUGUCAGUUGGGAAAACCGUCAGCAGUACAUAGAUGCUAUUCGUGAAUUACGACAGUCGGAGCUUGUGAACCAGCAACGUAUUGAGGCCCUGAAGGCGGGUGUGGCCACAGUGCUCCCCCUACAGCUCCUAACAUUGAUGGCCCCCCAUGACAUGGAGAUGAGGACCUGUGGGCUUCCUGCUGUCAGCAUAGACUUCUUGAAGGCCCACACAAUGUACCAGGUGGGGUUGAUGGAAACGGACCGGCACAUCAAGUACUUCUGGUUGGCACUAGAGUCCCUGGGGGAUGAGGACCUGGCCAGGUUCAUCAAGUUUGCAAGCAAUCAAGAACGCAUCCCCCAGACGUGCCCCUGCAAGGAUGGGGGAGCUGAUACGGCCCAUGUGCCUCCCUACCCCAUGAAGAUAGCCCCUCCGGAUGGACAGGGAGGUUCCCCAGAUGAGCGAUAUAUCAGAGUAGAGACAUGCAUGUUCAUGAUCAAACUGCCACAAUACUCGAGUCAAGAGGUGAUGACACAACGUCUCAUGUAUGCCAUACACUGCCGCGAAGACCCACUUAGUGGAUAGGAACAGUACCAAACUUCAUUUACAGCUAUAUAUUUAGCUAAUUUUGAAAAAGGACACUGUUGUCUUGGAUGAAGCAAAAGUUCCCCCCUAGUCAUGUUGUGUUUAUCAUUCAUAUUCUCACAUACUACUUAGGGUAAGAAAUGGCUUAGUAUUUCAUUUAAGAUGCUGCGAUUCUACAAAUUUGAAUAUUUAUUGUGACAAGGCACACUCAAAACAUGUUGUGGUGAUCACUAUUUUUUCAAUUAGCAUAUUGAAUUAAUUGAUAUGAAUUAACACUGUUAGCCAUUUUAGAUGACCUGUAUCAUUGCUAUGACAACGUAGAAACACAAUUUGUUUCUUUGAGAAAUGGUGACUAUGUGACUGUGUGCUGAAAAAGUAUGCUCAUUUGCAAAUGUGGGUAACAACAAUUUUAAUUAUCUUUUAAUAUUUAUUUAGUUAUUACACAGACCUAUAAACCGUUGUAUAGGUCCGUGGUUAUGACCUUAGUGUUUAUUCUAUUUAUAAAUAUUGUAUAUUUUCAGAUAUAUAGUUGUAGUACGCUAAAAGAAUGAAAAUUGCUUUUUUUGGCGAGAGAUGUAUAUUUAACAGUUUGUUGGAAGUCAGCAAUAUGUAUAUGAUGAUCAAUGGGUGUAUUUUAUUGAUAUUAGGCUUUUAUAUAAGUUCUUUGUAAAAGUUUGUUGAUGUAUUGUACAAUGUUGUUCAGUUUUUGUUUUGUUACUCAAAUAAUGUUUUGCAGUGUUGUGAAGCCAAUUGUUAUGUUUUAAAUUUAUGUUUAUAAUGAAAAGCCCUCCCCCAUUAUUUUCCAUGUAUUCAUAGUUUCUAAGUGGUAUUUGUGUGUAAGAAUAUUGGAGUAACUGCAGUAGCCAAUUCUAUAAAACUAGUUGUUUUUUGGUUUGUUCAAAGUAAGCUAAAAUGUUUAUUGAUUGGUCAAUAUUUAUCCAAUAACUACUACUAACCAAUAAUAUCAUUUAAAUGUGCAAACAGGAAUAAAGAUUAGAUGUGGACAAAUUUUCCAAGUUUUAUACAGUUGGCUGCAGAUGGCUUAACCUAGCCAAUAUUAAGAUUUUAGCAGACAUGUAUAACUCCCUUAUAAUUAUGCUGUAACUUUAAUGUAAGGUCUGGAAACGGAUGUGCUUAUUGCUUGUUAAAAGAUGUUCCUUUGUCCAAUAUAUAUAAAGCGAGAAACAAUGGCAGAACAAGACUCUUAUUUUCAAUGAGUUUCAAACAUUUCAUUUGAAUUAUAAUUUUGCUAGUUAUGUUGAUUACUUGUCAGAGAAAUGUUUAAUAAAUUGAAAUUGAAUAAGAAGGAAAUGAUAAGUUAUUUUAAAGCUCUGCUAAUGAAUCUCCAUGCCUUUGUGUUACAUGUGCUAUUUAAUGGUAUACUUGUUGUAGAUUCUUGUAUAGAAAAGUCAUGUUUCCACUAUCCAGUGAUAAACUUGUACUGUGAUUGUUUUCAUCAGUUAUGUGAUACAAGUUGUGUAGAAAAUAAAUACAAACUU